CAACGCCAGAGCAUUGUGGGCAGAGUUUUCCGCUGCAGCAAGCAAGGAGGCUCAUAAACUCUGCGAAGAAGCCCCGCUUGCUUCUGAAGCCCCGCGCUGGACUCCAGAGAGCGCUGUGUUGCCGGCCGAGAGAGGGGAGCGGCAGGAGCAGCCCCAGCCCCAGCCGGCGCAGCAGAAAAAGGGAGCCAGGAGCGGGGAACGCUGCCUCGGUGCGGCUGAUGAGCUCUUUCAAGGAAGCGGCAAGCUGCAGCUAGAGCCACGGGGCCCAGGUCAUGGAAAAAAGGCAAACCUGGGAUGGCAGUGAAGAAAAUUGUUCUCUUUAUUUGUAAGUUUACUCCAGUUUCUUAAUCCACAUAGAAGAGACUGCUGCAUCAGGCCAGUGGCCCAUCAUGUCCAGCAUCUUGUUCUCACAGUGGCCCAUGGGAAGCCAGCAACCAGGUGGACUAAAUUUCUUCAGAUGAGGCUUCACUAAUGGCUUGACAUCUGGUGGCUGGGCAGAAAUCUGCAUAAUGGAGAAUACAAAUGAUGAUAGGGCAUCAAAAGCAGAGGAUAAAGAUCCACCGCAAAGCCCAUAUUCUCUUGAAACACCCUAUGGCUUUCACUUAGAUCUUGACUUCCUGAAGUAUGUAGAUGACAUUGAAAAAGGAAAUACUAUCAAGAGGAUUCCUAUUCACAGGAAGACAAAGCAUCCAAAAUACAGCACGCUGCCUCGCAAUUUCAGCCUUCCAGAAAAUGGAUCCAAAGCCUACUCAUCAUCCCCAGGUAAGAGCUUCCUCGCACAGAGGAAGGCCUCUUUAGGGGCAGAGGAAAGCACCCCUCUGAUCACAGCAACUGACUCCUCACCAUUUUCAGCCCAUCCAAAUAAGCCAAGCUACAGAAAAAAGGCCCUUUUAAUAGAGACUGUCAAACAAGAUCCAGUGCACCUUGAAGAGGAGACUGGCAACUGUAGAGGGAGACCUCAGCUUUUGAGGGCAUCCAGUAUGCCUGCUACACUUCCACCAAGUCAAGAUUCAGAAGUAGAAACUCAGCCAGAAGCUUCUCUGUCAUUGGCAUUUCUUCAGUCUUCUGAUGGAAAGGGCUUAUUUAGUCCUGUAAAGGAAUCAUUUGAAUCAAAUAGCUCCAAAGGAUCUUCUGAAAAUCUGAGGAAUAUGAAAGAGCAAAUCAGUAAGGCAGCCCAGGAUAGUGAGAAGGUUAUGGGGCAACAGGAAGAGGCUCAGCUUGAGCUAGUCCAGCAACAAACAGAGCUUCCUAAGGAGAGAAUACAACUCAGUGCUCCAUGGCAAAACCACCAUUUAAUAUCUCAGGAAUUGCUUGCAGUUACUGAGAGUGGAGAAGAGGAAUGUGAUGCCACAGAGUCAAAUGCUUGUCCACCAUCCGUCCAGAGUGGAUCAGCCUCUUCUGGAGCCUUGGAAUGCAAGCUUGAAAACCAGGCCCAGGGAGACAUAGAACUCAACAUAUGUGAGACAGUUACAGUGGUACUAGAGGAGGAUGAAAUUACAAGUCCUGGGAUUAGAAAAAUAGACAGAAACCUAAAUCUUGAGUCUUUGCCCUCUGAAGAACUUAGCAAGAUAAUAGCCUUAAAACAGCAUAUUGCUAUUCUGGAGGAACAGCUGAAUAACAAAACAGAGGAACUUGAGCAGAUCAGAGUAGUUUUGAAGCAACAGGAUAAGGAAAUCAAGGCAAAGGAGAGAAGCAUUGAAAUGCUGGCAAGUUCCAAAGCUCAACUGGAAGAGAAACUUGGUGGGGAGAAUACCAAAGAAAUUACGCCAUGCAAGCAGACAAAAAAUGCCCUCCAGUACCAUGAUGCUGCUGUGAAUACAGAACGUGUACAUGAAAGGGUAGCUAAGGAGGCAUCUGACAAAGGGGUUAAUGUACCAAUGGAAUCAGUAGGGUGCAAUACCUGUGGAGUUGAUAAUAAAAAUCUGCAUAGAAAGCUAUUCCAUGUGCACCAUGAGAUGGCAAACGUUCCUGUUGGUGUUACAGAAAAAGACAGUCCAUCUUUGCAGAUACAGAAAGAAAUGGGUCAGGAAAAUUAUUGUUCCCCUCUGGAACUAAGUUACAAUGAACUAAAGAUUAAUGAACACAUUGAUAACGACAACUAUCAGAAGGAAUUGUACAACUAUGGCAUGCAGUUCUCUGCUGCUAGUGAAGAAAGCUGCUCAGGUGUUGAGAUGGUUGACUCAAAGGCAGGAGGAAAUAAAGGUAGUUUUGAAAAAGACUUUAAGCAAGAACUGAAUGAGGAAGAAACCCACACAGAACCAAAGAAUUCACCUGCAGAUCCCAUUGUAGGCCAAUAUGUUAAAAAAAUCCGGGACCUGUUACAAGAGCAGUGGACAUGCUUAGAACAUGGAUACCCAGAACUGGCCAGUGCAAUUAAGCAUCCUGCCUCAAAGCUUAGCUCCAUCCAGAAUCAACUUGUUAAUUCCUUGAACUUGCUGCUCUCUGCCUACUCAACACAAACCCCAACAGACAAGGAGAAUUCCAACACACAGUAUCAACAGUUGGAAAUCUCUCCAAGCACAAGUCUUAAAUCUAUUAUGAAAAAGAAAGACCCUGGUUUCCAUGCAGGAGGUAACGGCACCAAAAAGAACCUUCAGUUUGUUGGGGUAAAUGGUGGUUAUGAAACAACGUCCAGUGAAGAUUCAAGUUGUGAAGAAAGCUCAUCAGAAGGGAAUUCAGAUAGUGAGACUGAGAGAAAGUGUGGCAGUGAUGGGCAUAUAUGGGGUGAAGAUGGCAAUGAAAGUGGACAAACAGCAUCUGGAACAGACUACUGUGAAAGGAAAAAAGAUCCAGAAGAACUGGAGGGAACCACACAAGCAAGUAUACAGCACAAGACAGAGAGAUUUAAACCCUCUGCAGAUUUUCUGAAAGGAUGCCAGGUCUUGAGCAAACACCUGUCAGAAAUAAGAACCACAAAGGACAAAUUAAUGAGGCACGUUUUAAGCACCAUCUGCCAGGAGUGGUUCCGAAUCUCAAGCAGGAAAUCCUCCGGCCCUGAAAUUGUUGCAGCUUACCUCCAAGAGGUUGAGGCAAUUCACCCUCAGUUACAGAAUAUAAUUGUAAACUUGGCUGAUGGGAAUGGCAAUACAGCACUUCAUUACAGUGUUUCUCAUUCCAACUUUCGGAUUGUGAAGCUUCUCUUAGAGACAGGUGUCUGUGAAGUGGAUCAUCAAAAUAAAGCUGGGUAUACAGCAGUAAUGAUCACACCACUUGCAUCAGCAGAAACUGAUGAAGAAAUGGAUGUAGUCACAAAGCUAUUGAAAGAAGGCAAUGUUAAUAUUCGGGCAAGUCAGGGAGGUCAGACUGCCUUAAUUCUGGGGGUAAGCCAUGAUAGAGAAGAUAUGGUCAAAGCCUUGUUGUCAUGUGGUGCUGAUGUAAACCUUCAGGAUGAUGCUGGUUUGUCACCACUGAUGGUUGCUUCUCAGUAUGGUAACAUUGAAAUUGUGAAGCUUCUCUUGACCCAUCCAAGCUGUGAUACUGUGUUAACUGACAAGGCUGGUAAUUCUGCUUUGUCCAUAGCUUUGAAAGCUGCCCACAUGGAAAUCGCAGAGUUCCUCCGGAGCCACAUACAGCAGUCGACCUCUGAAUACAUAACGUAAUGGAAUGAGAAACUGAUAACAAAAGACCCAUUCUUUUUCCCAGCUCUGUAACCAAUUUAUAUGCCAAUGAGCAUAACUGAUAACUGCUGAUCUCCCUACUUAGGGAAAAGCAGAACUAUGUCAGCUAUUUGCAUACAUUUCUAAUAGAUGAAUCACUCCCUUAAACCUGUUUUUAUAGUCUUAACCUCUGACCAGUAGCACAAAUAAUGGUUAUAUUAUUGCAUUGCCUUUUGUUAAUAGUAAUUGCUUUCAGAAGUCGUUACAUUGUUUCUCUUUCAGCAGUAGCUGCUUUGAGCUUAUUUUUGAUUUCUCAAAGCAUUACACUUGUAUAAGUACAGGGAGUACUUGGUUGGCCCCAGUAGUGUAGUGGCAAAUUCAGAAGUGCAGGGUCCCUUCCUGAUAGUCAUGCCACACUCCUUCACAACCAUGCCCCCAGGAUUCACAGUCUCUUCUGCAAUUACAGAACCAGAAUAAAACAGCUGUGUGCAUAGGCUUCUCCCUGCUUAAUCUCUCUCUGGGGGUUAAACAUUGCCAGAAAUAUUUUGAUUUUAAGAAUUCUGAAAUGAGUGAAGCUAAGUGUGGUACUAGGAUUUGGGAGACCAAGGUACUUUGCUAAGAAGCUCACUUCUCAUCCUAGGAGCCCAUAAGCAUGAAAGGAGAGACGUAUGUUAGCUACUGAGAGGAGUCUUCUCAGUGACUUAUUCACCUUUCACUCUGAUUGGCUCCAAUCAGCACAAAAGAACAAGGAAGCAUGUUGUUAGCUAAGUGAGAAACUCUCAUCAGUGACUAACACACUCCCCUUUUGUUGGGACCCUCUUCCAAAAAAGUAAGGGGUCUAUGACUCCCCGUGACUCUGGAUGACUACACUCCUGGUUGAUCCUGGACAUAGUUCUACCUUUCCUAAGAGUGAUGACUGAACACCCAUCAAGAACAUAAGGAUAAUGUACUUUCAGAUAUAACAUAACCACACAAAAGCUGAUGAGGUCCAGUGAAGAUAUAGAUAACAUGGCAGUAAUUUUGAGAUAUUUGAAGUAUCUAGGUAGCCUGAUGCUGUAUCGGUUUGUGCCAACUACAAGUGUACUGUCUGUAUUUUCCUUAUGAAGUAAACAAAGCUAGAUAGGACUGCCUCCCUGCCAGGGCACCCCUCUUUUAACUCCUUUCUUUCUAAGCCUGGUGCUGCUGGGUUCUACUCAACCCUGAAAGUCUGUUAAUUUCUGUGUCAGAAAGUGCCAGCUUUUGUCCCUACUGCACCAGAGCAUCACAUCAGGGAUGAGGAUCAACUACUAGUGCAGUAGCACUGGUGGCUGCAGUUGGGCUAAGGCUAAAAGUAGGGUCUGAUCCCAGUACAAGGGCCUUAAUUAGUACCACUUGCACUGAGACUCUUAGUAGUCAUUCCAAGAAACAUUUGUUUGGAUGUAUUUGCAGAAGGGGGUUGGAUCCAUACAAGGCUUUUCCUGCACCAUCUCUCACACUAUUCCAGUGGGUCCCCCAACUCCCUGGAAAGGGUUUUGGCAGGACACGGGGCUAUGAGGGAGGGAGAGUUGAGAUGUAAGAGAGGUCCACUACAUGAGCAGAAUUCCCAUCUGCAGAACUCUGGAUCCAACCAUGGCAUUGCCACUACUCCAUGUCUUCCCAGUAAUGUCCCAUUUUAUGCAACAUGUGACAUAAUAUAAUCACACUACCUGUUUCCCCCUCUCCCCCGCCCCUGCUGAUAGCAAAUGAUCUAAGGCAAAGGUGGAGGAGAAAUUCACAGCAUGACUGCAUCACCUCACAUACUACAUAAAACCAGACAAGAAAGGAUAUGAAACACAGAAAUGUUUAGUUACACCUUGAUACUAGUUGAUCUGGCAUUGGAGUACCACAUCAUUGGGUUAGGCUGUGAAAACCGAUCUUGCUGUUAAACUGAAAGGCCAGCAUAUAUUUUAUAUAGCCUAUGAUGUUUCCAGUUUGGCUACAAGCACAGUAAUAAAGCAAUACUUAACUUGUUUUGGGUUUUUUUGUAACUUUAGAUAAUAAGUGUUAUUUGUAAUCAGCUAUCUCAGUAUAUGUCUCAGUUAACUUGUCAGAUGUACUGUGCUAUUUAUUACUAUGAUUUCUAUAAGUGCCAGCAGUCAGCUUACUCAGCAUACAGCAACAAAAUAUAGACUGAAUGGAUUAUGUAAAAAUAUAUCUACAUUGUGUUUGGUUUUUACAGCUCUGAUGUAAGAAGCUAAUUAUUUAGGGAAAUAGUUGAAUGUAUUGGAUCCAAACACACACACAUUACUUCCUGUAUAUUCAGAAAGCACCACAAUCUUGUUUUUUAUCCCUUUGGAAUUAUCAUAUAUAUGGCUCCCUUUUCUAAUUGAAUUUGAAUUAACCAGCCCAGGGAAAGCUUUGAAGUAUAUUUCUCACUGGAAAUUUAAGCACAAUUAAGAUACAGUGUGCUUUUUUAUUUUUUUACGAAGCUAAGCACACAGAACAAAAAUGACUUGAUCAUAAACUUCCUCAUGAGGAUUAUUAUUGUUUGAGAUAUUUUCAUAAUUAGGUUCCGUAGAGCUAUUUCUGAUUAUGGCUUCAUAUGGAAGGUGCCUUUUGGGCAAACAUCUGCUCUCUGGUUUCAUCAGGCUAAAAUGUUGAAAAUCCCAAACUUGGUAGAUUGAAAUCUGUUGUACUAAUUUAUCUGGCAUGUUGUUCCAUUUACUGAGUAACCUUCCACCCACUGGGUAGGCAGAGUUGUUCUUUGGCUCUGGCAGCCUUCCAGAACUUACUACAAUGGACUAAUAAGAAGACCUCACUCAAAUUCCUAGUGUUCAAGUACAAUGAAUCACAAAAAUACUACUUAUAAUCCAGAAACUGGGCAACCAGUUCUCCAUUUCUGCCUUUUUUAAAAACAGCAGUUAAAGUUAUCAUUUAAAGUUCAUUAUAAUUAACUUGCUAUAAUAUCUCUCUCUUUAGCCUCUCUGUCUCGGAUUUCUCAAAAUGCAUGUCAGGUCACUCUUGUUUAACCUUUGGACUAUGUUUGCUGCAAACAAUGUUUUGCAAUAGCCUAUCACUUUAAGCAAAUAAAUUGAACUGGAGAAGCAGCAUUCUGCACUGCAGGACAGAACACUUUUGGAAAUCCAGAGUGUUCCAUCAGCAACAUGGGAUGCUAUUCCCAUGGCAGCAACAUAGGGUGCUACUCUUUUUUAAAAAGCCAUGCAGCCCUCUGUGCAUGCACACGUUUCCUUAGGGCACACCUAAAGAAAAUCUUGUGAAGGUGUCAUAGCAAGUGCAGGAAGCAUUGGGAUUUCUGUAAGGGGAAAAGGGUAGAGCUGAAGAAAUUCCAGCAGCACUACUUCCCUGAACAAAUUGGCUGCUUUGAAUUAUUAAACAAAAUGCAGUUAUCUUGAUCAUGGUUCUCUUGCAUCAUGAUUAAUUUGGUCCUACAACAAAGCCAUUAAUAGUACUCAGUGGCUGGGUCCAGUUGUAAAGGGAAGCCAUGGUUUCCAUUAUGUAUAUGAGCUGUAACAAGCACAGGUGCAUGUGCUCCCCCCUCAUCUCUCCUCUUUCACAUACCAGAGGAGGAGCUCCUUCUAAUUUUAAACUAACCAUGGUUCCCAGUGAUAUUCAAACUUGGAGAACAGAACAAUUCAGGCUCAGGCUAUAAUUUCAGAUUCUGGCUUGCUCUCAAACUAUAUUUUAGACAGAUCUCAGUUUCCCAAGUUUGGACAUCACAAUGAAUGGUUAGGAUAAAAUUGUAAGUGGUUCCUCCUCUGGGGAAGCAUGCAAGCCCAAGGCUCACCACAUCUUAUUUGCAUAGUAGGACAUUACUUGCAAGCCCAAACAGUAUCACUUCUGUUAGGAUCUCAUAUCCUCUACUUUUUUUAUGGAUACUGCAGAAAUAGGCUUCCCAUUUUCUCAUUCUUGUGACAUACCUAUAAUAGCAGUGUGGUAGCCAUAAAUGCAACAAAACUAUGCUUCAAUUUCUGCCUGUAUGCACCUGUUAAAGACACAACUUCUGUGAGGAAAUUAGGCAGCAAUUUAAUCUCAGCAGCUAUGAUAUAGAGAGGUGGGGAUGCUGCUAGGUGAGACCCAUCAUAUUUGAGCAGGUUGAGUGUGGGUUACACACACAAAACAAAGGAACUCCAGUCUACAGAAAACCUUGAAAAUAAUAUGAAUUUUUUAAAAAACUGCCUCCUGUAUGGCUUUCUGUGCUAUAAUGAGUUGACAUUAUCAUUUAUAGUAACCUUCCAGAAAAAAAAACCAGAAUGAAGCCUGUGUGAACUUUAUUGUACAUUACUAUUAAAAUCAA